AUGGUUUCAGCUGGCUUUCAGAUGCUGGGCACUGCCCUGUGCAUUAUUGGAUGGAUUGGGGUCAUUGUUAUCUGUGCUUUACCUCAGUGGAGAGUUUCAGCCUUCAUUGGCCAGAACAUUGUCACAGCUCAAACUAUAUGGGAAGGCAUCUGGAUGAGCUGUAUAGUCCAGAGCACAGGCCAGAUGCAGUGCAAGGUUUAUGAUUCAAUGCUGGCCCUUUCUUCAGACCUCCAGGCUGCUCGAGCCCUUACUAUCAUUGCCAUCUUGCUUGGUAUCAUUGGCAUCCUACUGGCUAUGGCUGGAGGGAAGUGCACCAACUGUGUGGAGGAUGAGAGCUCAAAAUCCAAAAUUGGCAUUGCAGCUGGGGUGGUCUUCAUCAUUGCAGGUGUUUUGUGCCUUGUCCCAGUGUGCUGGACAGCAAACACCGUCAUACAGGAAUUCUACAAUCCAAUGUACAAUGCUUCUCAGAAGAGGGAACUGGGAGCUUCUCUGUUCAUUGGCUGGGGAGCAGGAGGCCUCCUCAUCAUCGGUGGUGCAUUCCUCUGUGCCAACUGUCCUCCCAAGGAUAACUACUCUGCCAAGUACUCAGCUCCCCGUUCAUCUGCUCCAGUGUAUGACUCGAUGCUGGCUUUGGAAUCUGACCUACAGGCUGCUCGUGCCAUGAUUAUCAUCGCAAUCCUUGUUGGAGUCUUUGGACUGAUCUUGUCAGUUGCUGGUGGAAAAUGUACUAACUGCAUCGAAGAGGAGCGAUCCAAAGCAAAAGUUUGCAUCUGUUCUGGAGUUCUGUUCAUCAUCUCGGGAUUUCUCUGUCUCAUUCCAGUCUGUUGGUCUGCCAACACCGUCAUCACCAAUUUCUAUAACCCAAUGAUGAUGAAUUUCCAGAGAUAUGAGCUGGGAUCUGCACUGUAUAUUGGCUGGGCCGCUACUGGGUUGCUCUUAAUGGGAGGGGGGCUCCUGUGCUGGAACUGCCCACCUAAAUCUGAGCGCCGCCACUAUGUGCCUAAAUAUGCACCUACAAAGUCAGUCUCCACAUCAAGAGAAUAUGUUUAA